GGAUCUGCUGAUUUAUUCUGAAAUUCAAGUUUUCAAUGCAAUCAUGAGAUGGAUCAAUUGGAAAACUGGUUCUAGAAAGUGUUAUCUCGUUAGGCUGUUAAAACUAGUUCGCUGGUGUCAUUUGGACGCGCAAGAUUUAUCUAAAAUUAAAGAAAAUGGGCUGUUAAAAAAGCUUCAGGUUUCGAGCCAGUAUUUUGUACUCCUCGAAAGGUUAAUUGUGAUUGCACACGCAACCGAACCAAACAAAACUAUUUUAUCAUGAUUGAGGAAUUGGAUGGCAAAGAUUUGGGAAUCAAAGUACUUGACAAUAAAUUUGUGCAACUGAUGAACCGAGUCAUGAAAUUGGAUGAAUCAAUGUCUUUGCGAAUUUUUCAUGAUGAACAUAUUUCUGAUAUUCUUUUUGAUUCCGGGAGAAAAGUGAUUCGAAUAGAUUGGAAUCAAAAUAAAUAUAAACUAUUUGAUUCGGUAAUCCCCUAUUAUGAAGCAUUGCAUGCACUUAUCAUUAGAAGUGAUUUCACUGAGUAUGAUGGCCUUGAAAGGAUUACGGACGUUUUAAAAAGCAAAAGAGUUUAUGGAAACUUAUUUAGUGAAGGAAGUGAAAAGUUUAUUUUGGUUUGUGGCCAAUAUGAUGGUCUGUUUUAUUCGUUAACACCAAAACCUGAAAGUAUGAUAAAAUCAAGUUGCCCUGACAGUUUUUUGGCAACAGUUUUGGACAAUAAUAUAUACAUGCUAUCAUCUGAUCUUGAAUUCAUCGAGUUUAAAAUUGACAGUAUCAAUAAUACACUUAAGAGAACUUAUGUUCAUCACCUUUGGAGCAAGAAAUUCAAAUAUGUAAAUUUGAUUUUAACUUCAAGCCCUGCUUAUGAUGAUCGAGUUAUAUUGAUUGAUAAAAUCACAAAAGAUUUUUUUAUUUUCAAUAUCAACACUCGAAAAUGGAGUUCCGCCAUUCGAAUGACUAACUGUUUCUCUGAUGAUAAGCAAAAAGGGUCCAAUAAGCUGUUCACUUUCACUUCAGCUUUUAUUCCGUGGAACUUGAUCAGCACUUACAUUAAUCUUAAACCAUCUAAAAAGUUUAAACCGAACCAUUAAAUAAUGAACUGUCGAAGCAACUAAAUUAUAAAAUU